UUAACCCACUGAGCCACCCAGGCACCCCUGUACCUAUGUUCUUUUUAUAUUGAACAUAAAUUAAUGAAAAUAGAGAAAUAAACUCAUUCAAAGAUGAACCAGAAAUGUGUUGAUUCAUCAUGUCCUGUAUAUACAAGAAUAUUGUUUAUCUUAUUUCCCAAAAGAGGAGACCCCGGGUUGGGAGAUACUCUAACAAAAAGCAUUUAUUUUAAGAAAUUAGGUAAAUACAAGAAAGAUUAAAAAAUGAAAUAGAUUAGUUGUAUGUUAAAUACUAAGUGUUCUUAGUGGCUGAGUUUAUGACGUCAACGAAUUUGCUACAAGCCAAUGAACUUAAUCACUCUAAACCCAUUCAUGUUCCUAUGUCCAUGUGACUUGGGCAAGAGUGUAUCAAGAAGCUUAGACAGCAUUAUACCAUCUGCUGUAGCAAUUCACUUCUACAUAUUUUGUCCACAGGGGAGCUAUCCUGGGAAUCACAAGGCAGCCUGCCCCAGUCCUGCUCAGCCAUCUCUACACUCCUCUGACAGAAUGAAUGCCCUCGAUGAUGUCCCCUUCAAGGUGCCCAAUGGCUUUGUGAUAGGCACAGAGCCCCUUCCUGGGCCAGAGCUCAGCGUCCCAGCUUGCAGGGAGCUUCUGCUGGGUUCUAUGCACGACUUCAGCCUGGAGAGGAGGGCGCUCUUCUGGGUAGAGGCUGUCCUCCGGGGACCCUGCCCGUUCCAAUGCGACGCCCCGGGAACGGCGUCAGCGCCUCCCGCCUGGCUGUUGCUGGUCAGUCCCGACCGCGAGCCGGUGCCGAUGCCUGCCGCAGACACGGGCCCUGAGGCUGGACCCCAGCAGCGGCUUGAGGAGGAGGUGGAGGAGGAAGAAAACCAGGACGAGGACCACGACGAAGAAGAAGCCGCCUCCGCCAGCGAGGAAGAGCCACGUCCCUGCAGCCCCCAGCCCGGCCCCCCUGCGAGCCCCGCCCCCCCUGCGAGUCCCGGCCCGGGCCAUCCACGGUGCUCGCUGGACAUGCUGCGCGGCAUGAGGUCGGAGCUGGCCGGAGCGCGGCGGCGGCUCUCCGAGGGCAGGCUGGCCGCCCGCCCCCGCGCCCUCCUGCACCGCAUCCGCCACCGGGCGCUGAGCCUCUGCCCCAGCCCGGCACCGAGUCAGUGCCCCAUGCCGCCCCCGGGCCCCGCGCCCCCACUCCCCGGCACCCCCGCGCCGCCCCCGCGGCCCUCCACGGCCGGCGCCAUGCCCCCGCUGCGGAGUCACAAGCCCACGGUCGCGUCCCUCAGCCCGUAUACCUGCCUGCCACCUCUUGGGGGGGUGUCUCAGAGUCUCAGCACCUGUAGAGCACACCCUGCUUCUGCUGACCUGCUGUCUGCCCUGAGCCAGGAGGAGCAAGAUCUCAUCGGGCCAGUGGUUGCCCUGGGGUAUCCCCUGCACAGGGCUAUCGGGGCUCUGCAGAAGACAGGGCGACAGAGCCUGAGCCAGUUUCUCAGCUACCUUAGCGCCUGUGAUCGGCUGCUGCGGCAAGGCUAUGAGGAGGACCUGGUGGAGGAGGCCAUGGAGAUGUUCCAGUUCUCCGAGAGCCAGGCAGGGGAAUUCCUGCGCCUCUGGGAACAGUUCAGUGACAUGGGCUUCCAGCAGGACCGGAUCAAGGAAGUACUGCUGGUCCAUGGCAACCGCCGUGAGCAAGCCCUGGAGGAGCUGGUGGCCUGUGCCCAGUGACCUCGGCGCUUUCCACAAUGCCUGUGCAUCCCUCAACCUGUGCCAGACCUGGCAAUCCAUUCCAGCUCUGUUAUUAAGACUAUAUAAGAGGGGCGCCUGGCGCUGGCUUAGUUGGAGCAUGUGUCUCUUGGUCUCAGGGUUGUAAGUUCAAGCCCCACUUUGGAUAUAGAGAUUACUAAAAAAAAAAUAAAAAAAAAAAUAAGUAAACUUACAAAAAAAAAAAAAAGACUACAUAAGAAUAACAGUGAGGUGUGCUCAUUGUAAAAAUGUAAAUAAUGCCAAAGGUGGAGGUAAAUAUUGUAGGGGAGGCCAAACUUUACCCAUUUAGGUUUUCAGCUGGGGCUCUUGAACAAAAAGAUUAAGAAGAGAAAAACAGUUUAUUAAUGCAUGUGGCACACAUCUUGUGGGAGAAACCUCAGUAAAAAAGUAACUCAAAG